CCAAUACCGUCAUCAUGGCUCCCAACAUGUCACUGUUCUCGGUCAAUGCGAUCCUCAUCCUCAGCACCGACGACAGCUCCCGCAUUCUCGCCAAAUACUACUCCCCUCCGCACAUCCCACAAGGAGCUCAGGGCAACAACUAUCCCGGCGCACAACCUUAUACAACUGUCAAGGACCAGAAAGCAUUCGAGAAGGGGCUACUAGAGAAGACAGCCAAGCAGACCAGCGAUGUCAUACUCUACGACAACCGAGUAGUGGUCUUUAAAAUGGAGGCGGAUAUUAUGCUCUACGUGGUUGGAGGCGCGGACGAGAAUGAGAUCAUGCUUUACAAUGUGAUAUUGGCUUUGAGGGAUAGCUUGAACAUUUUGCUCAAGAACUCUGUCGACAAGCGGACAUUGAUCGAGAACUACGACCUUGCUUCUCUUUGCAUCGAUGAGAUUGUGGACGAUGGUAUCAUCCUCGAGACAGACCCAGUAAUCAUUGCCAGCAGAGUCAGCAGACCGCCUCAGCAAGAUAUCCCGAAUAUGCAGGGCAUUGAUCUGAGCGAGGAGGGAUUGCUCAAGAUUUACCAGUUUGGAAAGCAAAAGUUGGGAGAAAGAUUACGACAAGGACUGUAGGAGAUUGAUUACGACUGCGGGCAUAGCGUCGGAGUCUGGAGUUCGAGGUGGGAAAACGUGGACUAGAUCGGAUAGCAGGUUUGACUUGGAGCUGGAAUUCAAUUGGUCGAAUUUCAUCUCGACCAUAUGAUACAGUCAGCAAAUAGAUGCUUACCGAACUCACUCUGCAAGCUUGG